AUGACAUCGCUUUCUGCACUACCAUUUUCAUCAUGAGAUAUUCAUGUUUUUGGUUUAUAUGUGAAGCCUAUUACCGACAUUUGAAAUGGAAUAUGUUUAACAUGUUUGUGCCUUUUUCAGAAAUUGAUUUAAACAUGUUUCGACCAAACAGAGAGUGUGCAUGUUUGUGGCACUUUUGUAGAUUUUUUUUUUUUUUUUUGAUUUAAAAACAUUUAGGAAAACGAAAUUUUCUUAGACCAUGCGUAGUGGAAGACACCCACCUUGGGCGUUUUGCGUCAUGUGGCGGCAGCAAUGGGGUUUUACGGGACGUUUUCUAAAAUGGGUGUAGUGGGGAUGUGGGAUUAUAUUAAAAGGGGUGUAAAAAGUUAAAUAAAUAAAAAAACCAUAAAAAAAGUGAUUGGCCAAAGAAAAAGAUGGUUACCUGUGAUUGGCCAACAAUAUCUUCAUCCACGCUCCAGCCAAAUUAUUGUAUAAAAACGCCCACGGGGGCGGAGAAGAUGGCGUGGUGGGGCGUUGUUUUAUAAAACACGCCCAAAAAACGCUUGAGUACGGCUGGUCUUAAGCAUAUUGAGUAUUUUAGACACGAUGUGCACUGCAUUCUUGAUUAUUGAAGUUUUCUGAAGGGAUUGUAGAGUGAGCUGAGUUGGUUUAUUGUGAUGUGUGGAUUAUGGGCUCUCAGAUUUAUUGAUUGUUAAAAGUUGAUAAAGAUAUCAGGGUCAGGGUGGGUUCCCAACCCAAUAAUGACACAUAUGAUUAGAUAUCAUAUGGAUACAGAGUAUGUACAUGGUGAGUUUUGAGUAGAAGGGAGUUGUCGUUAACGAGUUUCACUUACUAGUAGAAGAAAUACACACCAAGACUUAAGGAUAGAGGGUCGAUUAUGAGUAAGAGAGGGUAUUCAAGCUGAAGGAAACACUUAUUAGCUUUGGAUUCAAUGAAUAGAAAAGUUUGGAUUGCUUUACAAGUUUGGUUCACAUGGGGUUCAUGAUUAUUAUCAUACCCAUCCAAAAACGAUUAUAACCAAAUCACAUAACCUUAGAUUUAAAAGUUUUUGUUAUCAAGGAAAGUGUUGAGCUUUGAAUGGUGCAGGUAGCAAGCACAAUGGAGAAGUUUGAAGUUGGGCAACUGGCUGAAAUGAGAUCCUUUUUGAAGGGCUAUCGUAGUGCUUGGUUCAGAUGCAAGAUCAGGGAUAUUGACUUGGAAAAGAAGAAGAUUUUGCCGGAGUACUACGAUUAUGACCCUGCAGAGCUAAUUUGGGAGAAUAUAUACCAAGCACCUCGCGGUGGCAAAAAGUCAAAACAGGUCAAAAGACAUCUCAUGGUGCGGCCUCAGUAUCCCAUGGUUGGAGACUUGGUAGAUUGGUUUGCGGAUGGUUGUUAUUGGUCUGUAACCGUCGUCAAAGUUUUGAGCAACGACAAGGUUCAGGUUGUGUUGCCAUUGCCUCCAUUCGGAGAUGGGAAAGAAGGGGAAGAAGGGAAGCAUGAAGCGUUCUGUAGCGAUUGCCGCCCAUCGUUAAACUGGUCCCCAACAAAAGGAUGGACAUUGCCCACUGUGGAAGGUCGCACUUCAGGUGACGCGCAAUUACUUUUUCCAACAACGCAAGGCAUGGAGCCGGAGCCUGCAGCUGCUGGUUCCACCGCUUGUAUAUCAGCUGAAGGAAGUGGUUCCGACAUGGAUAUGGAGUCUAAUCCUGAGCCUGCAGCAGCUGGUUCCACCACUUGUAUAUCGGUUGAGGGAGAUAGAGAUAACAAGCAGAGUGAAGAACGUGUGAGCAUGGAUUGUGAUGUCGGCAUGGAUUUGGAGCCUAAUCCUGAGCCUGCAGCGGCUGGUUCGACCACACGUGUAUCGGCUGAUGGAGAUAGAGACAGUGAGCAGAAUGGAAAAAGCUCGGAGAGUAGUUUGAGUUUGCAGAAAAAAGAAGCAGAAGAUAAGGUUGAGAAAAGAGGGUUGAAUAUAAUGCAUGAAGACAGUCUCGAGGCAGCCUUGAUCGAUCUCGAGGAACUUGUGACUAAAGUGAAUUGGAUGCAGAGGCUUCUGAAAUCUUCUAGCAGUGAUGCUCCUCCAUCAUCUUGGAAGUUUGCUUAAAAUGAACUUGUUACAGGCAGACACUUGCUUGCUAGUUUACUUUUGGUAACAAAUGCAAAUUUUUGUGUUUUUGUUUCA